AUGGCCCAGGCCCUGGGGGACGAUCUGGUGCAGGAUGACUCCAGCUCUUUGGGGUCCGACUCGGAGCUGAAUGGACCUGGCCCCUAUCGGCAGGCCGACCGCUAUGGCUUCAUUGGAGGCAGCUCAGCAGAGCUCAGGCAAGGCCAACCCCCAGCAGACCUAGUCCGCCACAGGGAGAUGAAAUGGGUGGAGAUGACAUCACACUGGGAGAAGACCAUGUCCCGACGAUAUAAGAAGGUGAAAAUGAAGUGCCGGAAAGGGAUCCCGUCGGCCCUGCGGGCACGGUGCUGGCCGUUGCUCUGCGGUGCCCACGUGUGCCAGAGCAACAACCCCAAGACCUAUGAGGAGCUGGCCAAAGCGCCCGGGGACCCCCAAUGGAUGGAGACCAUCCGGCGGGACCUUCACCGCCAGUUCCCGCUGCACGAGAUGUUCGUUUCACCCCAGGGCCACGGGCAGCAGGGGCUCCUGGAGGUGCUCAAGGCCUACACGCUGUUCCGACCCGAGCAGGGCUACUGUCAGGCCCAGGGCCCAGUGGCCGCGGUGCUGCUCAUGCACCUGCCCCCCGAGACAUGGCCUGUCCCACCUCAGGAGGCCUUCUGGUGCCUGGUGCAGAUCUGUGAAGUCUACCUUCCCGGCUACUAUGGACCCCACAUGGAAACCGUGCGCCUGGACGCCGAGGUGUUUGCGGCGCUGCUGCGGCGUCUCCUCCCGCGCGCCCACAAGCACCUGCAGCAGGUGGGCGUCGGGCCACUGCUCUACCUGCCCGAGUGGUUCCUGUGCGUCUUCGCGCGCUCCCUGCCCUUCCCCACCGUGCUGCGUGUCUGGGACGCCUUCCUCAGCGAGGGUGUGAAGGUUCUUUUCCGCGUGGGGCUGAUACUGGUACGCUUGGCUCUGGGCACCUCGGACCAGCGCCUGGCCUGCCCCGGGCUCCUGGAGACGCUGGAGGCGCUGCGGACCAUUCCCCAGGCACAGCUGCAGGAGGAAGUGUUCAUGGCCCAGGUGCACAGUGUGGCUCUGUCGGAGCAGGACCUGCAGCGAGAGAUCAGGACCCAGCUGGCCCAGCUGCCCGCCUCAGUGUCGGGGCCCCUGCCGAGGCCCCAGGACCGCCUGCCUGGGGCUCAGGCCGUGUUCCAGGCCCAGCAGCUGGCCGGGCUGUGCGGAGACAGCAGGAAGCCAGAGGUGCCCCGCAUCGUGGUCCAGCCCCCCGAGGAGCCCCGGCGCAAGCCCCAGACCCGAGGCAAGACUUUCCAUGGGUUCCUCACUCGGGCCCGGGGACCCCCGAUCCAAGGCUCCCCUAGGGCCCACCGAGGCUCUGCCUCCUUCCUGGAUACCCGGUUCUGAGGACGCUGCUUCUGAGGGACCAUGUACUCAGCCUGCCACUCCCUCCAACUCCAACUGCCUGGAAGGUUGGUGCCAGCCCACCAGUGGGUACCCCCAAAAGGGGGGCACAGUAAUUCAGCUCAGGAGGGA